AAAUUACAUUUAUCACCCUGUCAGGAUAAAUACAGAUUGAACCAUUAAAUUUAAACAUUGACCUGUGGCUCUCCUCAGGUGUCUGCGUUCUCCACCUGGGAGAAGGAGCUUCAUAAGAUGGUCUUUGACCCUCGAUACCUGCUGCUGACCUCAGAUCAGAGGAAACAGGUGUUCGAUCAGUUUGUGAAGAGCAGGAUGAAGGACGAGUACAAAGAGAAGAGGAGUAAAUUGCAGAAAGCCAGAGAAGAGUUCAAACAGCUGCUGGAGGAAGCAAAGAUCACCAGCAGAACAACUUUUAAGGAGUUUUGUGUUCGUUAUCGGGAUGAGCAGCGAUUCAGCACUCUCACCAGGAAGAAGGAACAGGAAGUACUCUUUAGCCAUUACAUCACCGCCUUAAAGAAACGAGAGAAAGAGAACAGAACCAGACUGAGGAAGAUGAGAUGAGAACAUGUCUGAGAAAGAACCUUACAGAACCAUCUACAACAUUUAUAGAACCUUUUAGGUCCUUCCAAGUCUUCAGAAACCCUUCAGAACUCCUGUCUCACUGCACUCAUGCCUCCUGAUUCCUGGAUUAGACUCGUGUUUAACAAAGUGAACCGGGACUAUCAAACUGUCUGUGGCUUCGUUGGACAAACCUGAAUGGGACCAGAACCAUCUCAGUAGAUUCUCGUGGUUCUAGACUUUGUAAAUUGUCAGGUCAGUAUGAACCUGAACCAACAUUAGACCAUUUUCCUGAACUGCACUCCGUCAUCUGGAUCUGCUGGACUGGAUCUGAUUCAUAGCCUCAUUCAUCCUGACAGAAAUGAAAACCAGAGCACAAAAACAAAUGUUCAUGUGUCUGUUUCUUUGUCCUGUAAAGAUUCAUUCAAACUUUAUCAACACUGCAGCUUCCUGGACUUAAAACUGGACCAUAAUAACAGAUUAAAAACAAUAACAAGUAGAUAAAAGACCAUAAACACAUUUUAAACCAGAAGGGCAGAUAACUGUGUGAAGACAAAUACUGAACUAAUCUACAGACAAACUCAGAAAAGCCAAACUUCAUUUGUGUAAUCUGAGAAACAAAACCCCCAAAAAGGAAUGACUACAUGAGCUCUGUAGAGGCUCUGCCUCCUCUGUAAAGGUAAGCAUGGAUGUAAAACCAUGAGAAUAGUGAGCCACGAUCCUCUGACCUUUCAUAUGCAGAGGGAAAAGGUGGGAAAGAUAUGAUAACAUCAAGCUUGCAAAUAUGAGCGAGUGUAGUCGAGUCCUGAUAACGCUGGGCGACUCUGUGCGAUUUUAUUUGGCUCGUUUUGGGGAU